CUCCCAUUGAUGCUCCUCCUCCUCACACUGCCCCUUGGUUGCCAUGGCAGCAGGAUCCUGGUGUUCCCUAUAGACGGCAGCCACUGGGUCAACAUGGAGGUGCUGGUGAAGGAGCUCCAUGGACGUAGUCACCAGGUGACUGUGAUACGACAGGCUGACAGCUGGUUCGUCAGGGAGCGUUCACCACACUACACUUCAGUCACGGUAAAUCUGGGGGUUACAACGUUCGACCUGGGCUUUUUUGAGCAGGCGGUGCGUAAUGUCCUGGAGGGACGCAGGAAAGGCCUGGUGAUGGGCAGCCUGGUCCAGAUCAGAGAGCUGGUGUCCAUUCUGAGAGCUGCCCACAGCUCCACCCGCACCAUGCUCUCCAUUAUGCUGGAGGACUGGGCCCUGAUGACACAGCUUAAGGACUCAAGCUUUGAUGUCAUGGUCACGGACCCCGGCAUGCCUGCUGGUAUCAUCUUAGCGCAUUACCUCAACCUGACCAUGGUCUACAAUGUGCGCUGGAUGAGCUUUGGAGAGGGCCAUUUCUCCGUAGCCCCCUCUCCUAUCUCGUAUGUGCCUGUCCCAGGCUCUGGGCUCACUGACAACAUGGGUCUCCUCCAGAGGACACAAAACCUCAUACAUUACAUCAUCAACCUCCUCCAAGAGCGCCUGUUGGUGCUACCCAUUUACAGUGACCUACUGGAUCAGCAUUUCCCCCCAGGGACUAACCUGCUAUCCUUGCAGCAGUCAGCUGACAUUUGGCUGAUGAGGGUGGACUUUGUAUUUGAGUUCCCACGGCCCACUAUGCCUAAUGUGGUCUACAUAGGGGGGUUCCAGUGCCGACCGGCCAAGCCACUGCCUGGGGAGCUGGAGGCCUUCAUGCAGAGCUCUGGGGAGCAGGGGGUAGUGGUGAUGUCCCUGGGCACCCUAAUCUCUGCUCUGCCUAAGGAGGUGACUGAGGCUGUUGCUGCCGCCUUUGCCCAACUGCCACAGAAGGUUGUAUGGAGGUUAAUGGGAAAAAGACCGUCAUCUCUAGGAAACAACACCCUGCUGCUGGACUGGCUUCCCCAGAACGAUCUCCUGGGCCACCCAAAGACCCGCGCCUUCGUGGCCCAUGGAGGCACCAAUGGUGUCUAUGAGGCCAUCUACCAUGGUGUCCCUGUGCUGGGCCUGCCUCUGCUGUUUGACCAGCAGGACAACCUAGUGCGUCUGCAAGCCAAGGGAGCGGCCAAGGUGCUGGAUGCAGCCACAGUCACGGAAUGGGAGUUCCUGGAGGCGUUGCAGGACAUCCUGAAGAACCCUUCUUACCAGCGCAACAUGAAGAGACUUUCCAGCCUACACAGAGACCAGCCUCUGCAUCCACUGGAUCGGGCAGUCUUCUGGGUUGAGUAUGUGAUCAGGAACAAAGGAGCAUCCCACCUCCGUACUGAGGCCUACAGCAUGCCCUGGUACUCAUACUACAGCCUGGAUGUGGUGGCCUUACUACUGACCAUCCCACUGGGCUCUGUAGGGGCUCUGAUCUCCUUUGUCAGAGUGCUACUCAAACGAAGGUCCAAGAAGACAAUGCCCCAUUUAGGGAACAUGAAGAUAGAGAACAGUGCUAAACCAGAAUCAAAAAGAGUGGAAAACAUACCUCAACUAUAUAAAAAUAAAACAGAGAAAAUGUCCCAUGCAGAUAAGAAGAAAACAGAGAAACCCAGACAGUGAAGAGCAAAGGUAAGUAAACUGGGAGACCUGCUGGUCCAAACAGAAUAAGUUGUACUGUAUUUCUUACUCACACUUUGGUGUGGAUCAUAUGCAAAUGGUAAACAAUACUGGUACAUAAUACAGGUUGUUUAGGAAAUUGUUCUAUACAUUUGUUUUCUGUCACAUACAUUUGUUUGCUGCCACAUAUAUGUUUGCUGAAAGAAAGCUUACUUCUCUAGUGAUGAAAUACCUGUCUAAAAGUAUGGAGCAGCAUGAAACAUGCUGAAAAUGAAAUUGUCUAGUA